AUGGCGACGCACUCACCCAAUCUGGAGUGUCGCAUGUACGAAGCGCGAUACCCAGAGGUAGACAUGGCUGUUAUGAUUCAAGUGAAAAACAUCGCCGAUAUGGGCGCUUAUGUGUCUUUACUCGAAUACAACAACAUAGAGGGUAUGAUCUUGUUUUCGGAGCUGUCUCGCCGUCGGAUUCGGAGUGUUAGUAGCUUGAUUAAAGUUGGCCGCAUCGAGCCUGUCAUGGUCUUGCGUGUUGAUAAAGAGAAAGGGUAUAUUGAUUUGAGUAAGAGAAGGGUUAGUGAAGAGGAUAUUCAAGCUUGCGAAGAGAGGUAUAACAAGAGCAAGCUAGUUCACUCUAUCAUGCGACAUGUCGCUGAGACUCUGGGUAUUGAUUUGGAGGAAUUGUAUGUGAAUAUUGGCUGGCCUUUGUACAGGAAAUAUGGACAUGCUUUUGAGGCAUUCAAAAUCAUGGUGACUGACCCUGAUUCAGUUUUGGAUUCCCUCACUCGUGAAGUCAAAGAAACUAGCGCUGAUGGACAGGAGGUAACUAAGGUAGUGCCUGCUGUAUCAGAGGAAAUCAAAGAAGCUUUGAUUAAGAAUAUCAGGAGAAGAAUGACCCCACAGCCACUGAAGAUACGGGCUGAUAUUGAGAUGAAAUGUUUCCAGUUUGAUGGUGUUCUCCACAUCAAGGAUGCAAUGCGGAAAGCUGAGGCUGCUGGCAAUGCAGAUUGCCCUGUGAAAAUUAAACUUGUUGCUCCUCCUCUCUAUGUUCUCACCACACAAACCCUAGACAAGGAUCAAGGAAUAUCAAUUCUCAACAAAGCAAUUGUUGCUUGCACUGAAGCAAUAGAGAAGCAGAAGGGGAAACUUGUUGUGAAGGAGCCACCAAGAGCAGUGAGCGAACGAGACGAUAAAUUGCUUGCUGAGCACAUGCUCAAGCUACGGAAUGCCAAUGAAGAGAUCAGUGGUGAUGAAGACAGUGAAGAAGAAGAAGAUACGGGAAUGGGAAAUGCUGAUGUGGAGAACUCAGGGGGCAUAAUGGAGUGA